GUGUGUGUGCGUGUGUGUGUCCGUGUCCGUGUGUCUCCCAAGUGCCCCCCCCCCUCCCCCUCUCCCCCCCCCCCCGCCCCGACUCCCACGCCCGGUGUGGAGGGGGCGGGGUGACAAGCGUGAGGGCCACGGGCCCGCUCGCCGCCGGUGCCUGCCCGCGCCCCGUCGGGCUGUGGGGGGGAGGGGCGCCGCCCUGGCGGAGCGGGUCGGUGAGGCUGCCCGGCCGCGGCCGGGGCGAGCGGCGGUUUCCUGCCCUGACGCUUCUCGCCCUGCGGCUGCUCCGCGUCCCCUGGGCAGCUUCGGCCCCCGCCCGCCUGCCGCUUGCCCGGGAAGCGCGCAGCCCCCCGCGGAGGGGUGCGGGCCCUCGGCAGGCCCGAUGCCGCGGCUGCUGUGGCGGUAGGCCCGCGGAGCGGCGGCCCGGCAGGCCUCGGGUCCCGCCCCGUGCCCCCGGGCUCUGCUGGGCUUCGAGCGGCCAAAAGUUAAAAUGUGUGAUGAGGCCCCAGUCUUUUCAUGUUUUUGAGAAAUUGCUCAAAGACUUAGAUGCUACUGGGAGAAGUUCAUGUGCACAUCUUUUUGCAUCGAUCUGAGCGUGUGUGCGAGACAGUACAAGUGCCUUUAAGAGAUCAGUUACGUAUGAUUUCUUGAAUAUACUGUCUGUAUUUCACACCUUGCCUCAAAAAGAUACAUUUGUGCUUCAAGUCUCCAAGAAGAUCAGCAGGAAUGGCUGAAGAUAAUUGGCAUAUUGGGGAGAAAUGCCUUGCCCCUUGCCUUGAAAAUGGGAAACUUCAUGAAGGAACAAUAUCCUCUAUUGAAAAGGACCAGAAUGGAAAAUUAUUUGCUGUUGUAUCAUUCUUGGAAUUUGAUGAAAGGAAAAUACUAAUAACUAAACUUUGUAGAGUCAAAGCCAGUAGAGGACCCUGGAAAAGCUUAAUAUUUGACGAUGGUGAUCUGGAAAAACCCUAUUUUCCUGACCGAAAUACUCUGUCUCCUGCAGCUGCUUUUAAAUUAUCUGACAAUGGCGAUUUUAUCCCGUAUACAAUUAACAGAUACCUGCGUGAUUAUCAAAGGGAAGGAGCCCAAUUUCUGUAUGGACACUAUGCUAAUAAAAGGGGGUGUAUUCUUGGAGAUGAUAUGGGCCUUGGAAAGACAAUACAGGUCAUUUCAUUUUUGGCUGCAGUGUUGCACAAAAAGGGAACACGUGAGGAUAUUGAAAAUAAUAUGCCAGAAUUUUUACUGAGGACAAUGAAAAAAGAAUCAAAGUGUAACCCCAAGAAGACUUUCCUCAUAGUGGCCCCUCUUUCAGUGUUGUACAACUGGAAAGAUGAGUUAGACACAUGGGGGUACUUUAAGGUCUCUGUCUUACAUGGCAGUAAGAAAGAUGAUGACCUGAGUCGCAUCAAGCAAGGGAAAUGUGAAGUUGCCCUUACAACAUAUGAGAUACUUCGCCUGUAUUUGGAUGAAUUUAACAGUGUAGAAUGGUCUGCUGUAAUAGUGGAUGAAGCACAUAGAAUCAAGAAUCCAAAGGCUCAAAUAACUCAAACCAUGAAGUCAUUAAAAUGCAGUGUUCGCAUAGGUCUUACUGGAACCAUUCUUCAAAACAAUAUGAAGGAACUUUGGUGUGUUAUGGACUGGGCUGUACCAGGACUUCUGGGUAGCAGAGUACAUUUCAAGAAGAAAUUUUCUGAUCCAGUGGAGCAUGGCCAGAGGCACACUGCAACUAAAAGAGAGCUAGCAACAGGUCGUAAGGCGAUGGUGAAGCUAGCAAGAAAAAUGUCUGGCUGGUUUCUGAGACGUACCAAAGCGCUUAUCAGUGAUCAGUUGCCAAAAAAGGAAGACAGAAUGGUGUACUGUUCCCUGACAGAAUUCCAGAAAGCAGUGUACCAGGCUGUGCUAGAGACAGAGGAUGUAAGCUUAAUAUUACAAGCAGGAGAGCCCUGUAACUGCAACAGUGGCCGAAAAAGGAAGAACUGUUGUUACAAAGUAAAUUCUCAUGGUGAAACAAUUAAGUCACUGCGCUUCAGUUACCUGACAAUCCUACAGAAGGUUGCAAAUCAUGCCGCACUGCUGCAGACGGACAGCACUAGUAAGCAGCAGGAAGCACAUAUCAAACGGGUGUGCAGCCAGGUGUUUUCCAGUUUUCCAGAUUUUGUGCAGUUAAGCAAAGAUGCAGCCUUUGAAACAAUUUCAGAUCCAAAGUACAGUGGAAAAAUGAAGGUCCUUCAGCAGCUUUUAAAUCACUUCCGAAAAAACAAGGAUAAAGUUCUUCUUUUCUCCUUUUCCACAAAGUUGCUAGAUGUGCUGGAACAAUACUGUAUGGCAUCUGGGCUAGAUUACCGAAGACUUGAUGGAAAUACAAAAUCAGAAGAUAGGCUCAGAAUUGUAAGAGAGUUCAAUGGCAUUCAAGAAAUUAACAUAUGUCUUGUGUCUACAAUGGCUGGUGGACUGGGUCUUAAUUUUGUUGGUGCCAAUGUUGUUAUACUGUUUGAUCCUACAUGGAAUCCAGCAAAUGAUCUUCAAGCUAUUGACAGAGCUUACAGAAUUGGCCAGUACAAAGCUGUUAAAGUGUUUAGAUUGAUAUCCUUGGGAACUGUGGAGGAGAUGAUGUACUUGCGACAAGUUUAUAAACAGCAACUUCACUGUGCAGUGGUUGGAAGUGAAAAUGCCAAGAGGUAUUUCGAGGCAGUGCAAGGAUCAAAGGAACAUCAAGGAGAGCUUUUUGGGAUCCAUAACCUUUUCAAACUUAGGACUCAUGGAUCUUGUCUUACCAAAGAAAUUCUGGAGAGGGAAGGACGGGUAGAAGCAGGAGUAAUGACAGCAACUACAUGGCUGAACGAAGAGACUCCUCCAUGCAGCUCGGAAAAGUAUGAACAACCAGACUGUAAAGAAGAUAGAGGUCCCCAAAGCAUUCAGGCACAAUUAAAGAGAGAGGAAGUGGAUUUUUAUGAUGACUUCAGUGACGAUGAUAUUCUGGAAACAUCUGUGAAAAAAUGUGACAAGAGGAAGCCUUGCAAUGCAAAUAAUUUAAUGGUAACAAAGGGACAGCUUUCCCUAAUGCAGUGUGGAUUCUCUAAGUUGUUGCAGAGAGAAAUUGAAACUACCAAAGGAGGGGAUAAUAAUUUUAAGUCUCAUCAUUCAAGUUCUGAUGAUCAGACUACAAGAACAAAUGUAACUAUCAAGCACAGCGAUUUUCAGAAAUGUCAUAGCCAUGUGCCUGUUCCAGAGCAUGGGAAAGCUGCUCAAUCACCAGAUGGAACUGGUAAACAAGAUAUGCGUAGUACAGACUGGCUUGUUCUAUCAGGCUCAGAGGAGGAAGGGGACAGAGAAAGUGAGGAUCAAGGCAUUUCAAAACGAAGCGAUAUAGUCAUGGAAACUGAAAGCAGUUCUGAAGAGGAUGAUGAUGUCAUCUUUCCUACCCAGGUUCCAGCAUGCCAGCAACGGAUGCUUACUAGGAAAGUUGAAAUACACGGGUCAACAUCUGAAAACUGUGAAGAGUUAGCAAAAGAAAAAGAUGGGUUUAUAUUUAAGGGAGACAGUAGGCAAUUUGGAUUCCAUAGUACUGAGUCAAAUUUCAGCCAAGUCAUGUCUUUUGAAGACAUCAAGAACAGCACAAGAGAUUUGAAAGGAGCAAGCGACAUAAGUGAUGAGUCUGAUGAUAUUGAAAUUUCCCAUAAUUCUGAAUCAAGAGAGUUAAAAACAUUCAGCUUUCCAAAAUGGAAAGAAAGACAUGCCCAUACCAAUGGACUAGGUAAUGUCUUCAAAUCUCUGCUACAAGCAAAGAAGCCCAAUAGGAAAGAAAAGGAAGGUGAUUCUCAGAAUAUAGAUGAAUUUUUAUCCUCUGAAGAUAACUUACCAGUUGAGAAAAUUCAUGCCAGACAGCAAAGUUCUAAGUGUAAAAUCCAGAAAGGCAGAGUUCGGUUUGGAUCUAAAAUGCUUCAUGCUGUUCAAGAUACCUCUGUUGCACAAAUGAAAUCUAUGAAUUAUGCUGUGCAUAGAACUUCUGCAAGUAAAACUGAAUUUGAACAUCAAGAGCAGAAAGUGGAAUCAAUGGACAGAUAUUUAGAUGGUGUUCAAGAAGUGGCAUAUAUUCAUUCAAAUCAGAAUGUGGUUGGAUCCAGCAAGGCUGAGAAUCGCUUGAGCCGGUGGGCAGUGCGAGACGUAUUUGAGUUGAAGCAGUUUUCCCAGCUCCCUGCUAAUGUAGCAGUCUGUACUGCCAAGGUGACUGCAAGGCAGCUAGAGAUUUGAGAAGGCCUUUCUUGUUUGUUUUAGAAAUGAAAACAAACAAUGAAACUGUGCAAUGGAAACUAUCCUGGAUAUCUGGCAUACCUGAAGAGAAAAGCCUGUUAACACUGUUUUCAGCUGUGAGUGGGGAAGUCAGAGAGGCUUAUUGCUGACUGGAAGUCAGUAUCUGGCAAGAUACUUCCCAUAGUGAUACUCUGGAUCGUCGGGAAGUAAAAGAGGAAGACGUUCACACACAGUACAACUAUGGCUGAGCAAUAAUUAUGCAAACAUAUUUUCAACUUAAGAUUCAGGCUUUUGAAGGAAGUUCAUUAUCCUCUAAGUCCGGUGACUUGAGGAAUUGCCACAAAUGUGAGACAGCUUAAAAAAACAGGUUUCUGAAUCUGUUUCUGGUUUUUUUUUUUUUCUCUACUCAUCUUACUCCUAGCCUCUGCUCACUUACUCUCCCAUACAUUUUUACCUUGCUGUACUUAAAAAGAUUAUGUUCUCUUUUGCCUUGCUUGAAGGGGCUGGAGAGAGGAAGAGGGAAGUCACGGCUUAAGGUCAUCUCAGUCAUGUCUGAGGGUGCUUAUACAUAGAUUAGGAUUCAUUGCUUCAGAGUGUAGAGCCACUUCUUUAUGCUGCUUGUAGGAAGAACAGAUACUGAAACUCUGUGCUGUCAAAGAUAGACAAAAUUUGGUUUUGAUAGGUGUGUACUGUUUUUAAAACUUCUGUAAUUAUGCAAUAGGAGACAGCUGGAUUGUACAUGGAGCUAACAGAUCCUAGAGUUGUUGGAGAUUCAAGAUGGAAUCUCUAAGUAGAAAGUGACUGCUGCAUUGUGGCACUUAAAUUUUUGCUUGAUGCUGAGCUGCAUGUCUUCGUUAUUCUUUAAGAGCAUUACUCUUAAAUGUGAACUGGUGUGGGACUUUAAAUGUGCAGAUGCUACCAUUUUUGGUGGACUCUUGAUUACAGUCUGUAUGUAAUAUGUAACUCAAAGAAAUGGAAACUGAUUAUUGGUCUCCAAAACUUGAUACAUACUUUUAAGGGUAAGAGACAUAUGUAAGAAAAAAAAGAAGGAAUGGAGGAAAAGAUCUUCGGUGGUAGGAAGAUACAGCAUUUUUAUGUUGAAAACCCCUUAGACUAAACGAAACAUGAAAGGUGAAAAUAGAUGCUUUCUUUGAAGUAUUUUUUCAUCUGUGGUAGGAGUCCCUGGGUUUUCUGAAUGCUUUAAAAACUAUUUUCUGCAUAACUAUGUAAUAAUCCUUCUUUCCUAUUGGAAUAUAUGGAAAGCUUCUUCAGACUAAUUGCAGUAAAUGAAGGGAGGGUAGGGUAAGAAAGCAGGCGUAAUACAGGAAGGAAUGCCAGCACUUAUACAUGUUAUUUUCCCUAGUUCGCAAUAGCAGUUAACAAUUUCAUUUUACUGUACUUCCGUUAACUUUAUUUCUCUCCAUUUACUGGGAUAUUUUCUGCAUUGUAACACUCAUGUAAUUUUUUGCAUACAAAAAAUGUUUCCUUCUACUAAACAACUUGCAUCUGUGGCCUUUGUCUUGUAUGUAUGCCUUUGAAAAUAAACUGUUUAUUUCUUUUGAA